AUGGGCUCUAUCGGUGAUCAUAUCACAGCGAAGGUUCAAUCUCAUGAGCCUUACGAGAUCAUCAAUGAACCAAGUCGCUCGCGUCGCAAGAUUCGAAUUAUUGUGAUCGGAGCGGGCGCCAGCGCGUUGAAUUUCGCCCACGAUAUCGACCAGAGCACACUCGAAAUCGAGUUCGUUCUGUAUGAGAAGAACCCUGAGAUAGGUGGCACUUGGUUUGAGAAUCGGUACCCCGGAUGUGGAUGUGACAUCCCCUCGGUGAAUUAUCAAUUCUCAUGGGCGCCUUCACCCGACUGGACCUCAUUUUACUCGGGCGCCCCUGAAAUUUUGAAGUACUUCAAGCGAGUUGCAGACGAGCACGGCUUACACAAAUAUAUUCGUCUCAACCACCGAGUCGUAGGGGCAUCGUGGGAUGAACAUGAGGAACAGUGGCAUGUGAAGGUCCAAAAAGGUGACAACCCCGAAGAUGUCUUUGAGGAUCGAGGUCACAUUCUGGUCAACGCAUCCGGUGUCUUGAACAAGUGGAAAUGGCCCGCGAUCCAAGGACGAGAAACCUUCCAGGGCCCAAUGCUUCAUAGUGCGCAUUGGGAUGACAAGGUCGAGUUGAAAGGGAAACGCGUGGCCGUGAUCGGCUCAGGAUCGUCGGCGGUGCAGAUUGUUCCGACCAUUCAACCAAUGGUGUCGUCCCUGAAAUGCUUCAUCCGCAGCGCCUCGUGGGUGACGGCAGGCUUUGGUCAGCGGUUCGCAGGCAAGGGAGGGACGAACUUCCAAUAUACCCCGAAACAGAAGGAGAUACUUCGAAAUGAUCCUCAGAAAUAUCUUGCUUAUCGUAAGAAGAUUGAGUCGGAGCUCAACUCUCGCUUCCGGUUCAUCCUUAACGGCUCGGAAGAGCAGGCCAAUGCAAGAGCGUACGCGGAGAAAGACAUGCGAUCCAAGCUCGCCAGCCGGCCCGAUAUCGCUGAUCAUAUCGUCCCCAAGGACUUUGCCGUGGGUUGCCGUAGGCCUACACCCGGGAACGGAUACCUCGAGGCACUCUGCAGCGACAACACCGAAGUGGUUUCGCAGUCAAUCGCAGAGAUCACCCCUAAGGGUAUCAAGACUACCGACGGUGUGGAGCAUGAAGUUGACGUGAUUGUGUGUGCCACUGGAUUUGAUGUCAGUUGGCGGCCAUCAUACCCUACAAUUGGCCGAGAAGCCCGCAGUCUCAGUGAGCAGUGGAAGGAGAUUCCGAGGACCUACCUUUCCAUCACGGUCCCAAACUUCCCCAACUAUCUCAUUUUCAACGGCCCCUUCGGCCCAUAUGGCCACGGCAGCUUCCUCCCAAUCACAGAAACCCUGUCGCGCCACUUUCUCCAGAUUCUUGAGAAAAUGUCAUCGGAGGGUGUCACCUCCUUUGAGCCCAAAACAGAGGCAGUCGCAGAAUUCUUCGAGCAUCACAGAAAGUUUAUGCCGCGCACGGCUUGGACAUCUCCAUGUCGUUCGUGGUUCAAGCAGGGCACGGUCGAUGGCGAGGUGAUGAUGUGGCCGGGGUCCAGAAUUCACUUCUUCGAAACCAUGAAGCAGCCCCGCUGGGAAGAUUAUCAUCUUCGAUACACGACAAAAAAUCGAUUCGGAUACCUGGGAAACGGGUUUGCUGCCCGCGAGUUUGAUGGAAGCGAUCUGUCGUGGUACCUCGGGACGUUGGAAGGUAACAAACAGGCAUACCUUCCCGAUGAGGAGUUUACAGAUUUCAUGGUGUACUAG